AUGGCUAGAACACAACCACAAGCAAAGCGUAGACCAGCUGCAGUAAAAAAAUUACCAAGACAGAUUACUCCAUCAACAAGUUCACCUGUUGCUAUAAAAACUAGACCUGGUGAUCCCAUAAGACCAUCAAAACCAAGAAGAUACAAACCUGGUACAGUUCGAGAGGUUGCCAUGGAAAUACUUCAGCCAGAUUCUCAGGUAGGAUUUAGAUGGCAAUCCACGGCUAUUUUGGCACUUCAAGAAGCCACUGAAGCAUUUUUGAUUCAUUUAUUUGAGGAUGCAAAUUUAUGUGCCAUCCAUGCUAAACGAAUUACAUUAAUGCAAAAAGAUAUUCAGUUGGCCAGAAGAAUUAGAGGAGUAUGGGGAGGACUUGGAUA